AUGUCUUGCUACGACCUGUGCUCCACUGCCGUUGGUGGUAUCAACCGCCCCCAGCCCCUCGCUGACAGUGGGAAUGAACCGUGCGUCCGCCAGUGCCCCGACUCCACGACUGUGAUCCAGCCACCUCCAGUCGUCGUCACCUUCCCUGGCCCCAUCCUCAGCUCCUUCCCUCAGGAUUCCAUUGUGGGAUCCUCUGGAGCACCUGUCCUUGGGGGCUACGGGGGCUCCCUGGGCUAUGGGGGUCUGUAUGGCUAUGGGGGCUAUGGCUCCUCCCUGGGCUAUGGGGGUCUGUAUGGCUAUGGGGGCUAUGGCUCCUCCCUGGGCUAUGGGGGCUAUGGCUCCUCCCUGGGCUAUGGGGGCUAUGGCUCCUCCCUGGGCUAUGGGGGUCUGUAUGGCUAUGGGGGCUAUGGCUCCUCCCUGGGCUAUGGGGGUCUGUAUGGAUAUGGGGGCUCUUCCCUGGGCUGUGGAGGUCUGUGGGGCUAUGGGGGCUCCCUGGGUUACAGGGGCCUCUAUGGCUAUGGUAGACCCUAUGGUUCUGGCUAUUGCAGCCCUUACUCCUACCGGUACAACAGGUACGGCCGCAGCAGCUGUGGGCCCUGCUAA